GUCAGCACAACGUUAACUUCCCCCAAGGAAUGGUCUCCAAGUCUUGUGCCCGCUGCUCAAUUGACACUUUGACAACAACCCUCCGAGUAAUUUCCAUAUCGGAGGUCAUAUUUUUACCUUCUCGUUCUUAAAAAAGCAUGUGGAGUGUGUUAUGAUGCGUUGCGAUUAUCCCUGAGCCAGCCCGUCAUCGGUUUCACCCCACCAUAAACCCUGAUUGUUCACAGAAGCGCAAGAGUGCGCGCGGCAACGAUGGCUCAACUUCGAUGGAGCUCUCUCUUGCUGCCGUUGCUGGCAUUGGUCUAUGCGCCAGCAUCGGCAACAGUUGGAGAUUACACGAACCAAGAGCCGCUGACGCACAAGUUUGACAAGUCGGCUUGUCCAGACUACGCCCACUACGCUACCUAUCCCCACGGACCAUACUCCAAAGGACCCCUCGAACUCCCCUUCCAAAGACCCGACCCACGAUGCCGAACAUUCCAGUCCGACGCAAUCGAAAAGGUCAUCAGGGACGUCACUUCUCGGAUGAAAGACCCAGACCUUGCGCGCCUGUUUGAGAACGCUUUCCCUUCCACGACAGACACGACGGUCAGGUUCCAUACAAACGGAAAAGACGAAAAGAUCAAGAAGAAGCUCCAGGAGAGAGAAAAGGGGAACAGCUUCCGGGAGGAUGGCGAGUGGGAAGGGCCGCAGUCGUUCAUCAUCACGGGGGAUAUCAUUGCUGAGUGGUUGCGGGAUAGCACCAACCAGCUUAAGCCGUAUCAACCCCUUGCGCUGAAGGAUCCGGCGAUCUACACUCUGAUUCUGGGGGCGAUCAACACCCAGAGCGAAUACGUCAUCCAGAGCCCUUACUGCAACGCGUUUCAACCACCGCCUAUUUCGGGACUGCCGGUGAGCAUGAACGGCCAGGACGACACGGUUCACCCGGUAUAUGAACCGAACGUUGUGUUUGAGUGCAAAUACGAGCUUGACUCUGUCGCGCACUUUUUGGCGUUGGGCAAUGAGUUUCAUAAGCAGACGAAUAGCAAGGAGUUCAUCAACCCCCGCUGGCGGAAGGCUGUGAGGAACGUUCUGAGGGUGUUGGAGUCGCAGAGCCAGCCGACGUUCGAUUCCGCCACGGGGGGGUACAGGUUGAACGAGUAUACUUUCCAACGGAGGACCAAUACCGGGACGGAGACGCUUAAUCUUCAGGGUGUGGGGAAUCCGCUGAACAAUGGGACUGGGCUGGUGAGGUCUGCGUUCCGGCCCAGUGACGAUGCGACGAUUUUUGGGUUUUUCAUCCCGGCUAAUGCGCAGAUGAGUGUUGAGCUCGGGCGGGCCGCGGCUGUGCUGAGGAAGACGGGGGAUGGGGGUGAUAGGCUGCUUGCGGAGGAGAUGGAGGGGUACAGCAAGAGGAUGAGGGAGGGGAUUUGGGAGCAUGGGGUUGUUACGCAUAGGAAGUAUGGCAGGGUUUUUGCCUAUGAGGUUGACGGGUUUGGGAGUGCGUUGAUGAUGGAUGAUGCGAAUUACCCGUCGCUUUUGGCGCUGCCGUUGAUGGGGUUUGUUGGGGUGGAGGAUGAGGUGUAUCAGAAUACGAGGAGGAUGUUGCUAGAGAAGGAGGGGAAUCCGUAUUAUUUGAAGGGGAGGGACUUUAGGGGGAUUGGGGGGCCGCACAUUGGGUUGCAGAACGCGUGGCCGAUGAGCUUGUUGGUUCAGGCGAGGACGAGUGGGGAUGAUGAAGAGAUUAGGGAGUGUCUUGGGUUGGUGUUGAGGGGGAGUCGGUUGGGGUUGGUGCAUGAGAGUGUUGAUGUUAAUUGGGUGACCAGUUAUACGAGGAGUUGGUUUGCGUGGGCUAAUGGGGUGUUUGCCGAGACGGUUUUGGAUCUGGCGAGGAGGAAGCCCGGGUUGAUUUUUGAGGAUGGGAGGCCGUAUGAGAUAUCGUGA